UUAAUUUUUUCUCUCCCAACCCCGAAUAUCAAGGCGCCGCUACCCCCAAUCUUCUCCAACGCCGGUGGAGCUUUUGCUCGCCGGCGUCGGGGUAUCUCGACCCUAGCUUCCGUUUAUCUUUUUCUUUGCUCCCGUAGGUCCCAGUGUCAGUCCUUUUUUCCCCUUUUGAGUCUCCUUUUGCAAUUGUCGGUUACCUGCUUCACUCAAUCAGAUCCAGGCACAGGCUCACGCGUCACCGAAUACAGAGGUCGGAAGAGAUUGACAAACUCCUCUAUCUGUAACCCCGACUCAGCCUCACUGCCGGCGGAAAUCAAGUCCCUUCGCUUUCCUAUUUCUCGAUCCGGAAUAGUAUUUGUCUCUACAGCGUCCUCUAUACCGACGUCACCCGAGCCUUGACAGGCAGAGACGGAGACGGCGGCUGGUGAGGAAACUUCCAGAGCAGUGCUUCUUCUCCGCUACUGGACAUCCGCCUUGAAUCCAAGUCACCCUCCGAGCCUGACAGAUCUACCGUUGCUUUUGGUCUACCGCCUUGAAUGCACGAUCUUGCCCAACCUCCAAAAACUCAGAAUGAGGAGGAACAGGAACAAAAAGGAAUGAAGAGGAAUGAGUUCAGAGGAAAAACAGAACAAAUGUCAAAGAUGAUUGUAUUCAAGUUUGCAGAUUGUCCCAAAGAAAAAUGGGGAAAAGGAUUCCAAUGUGCACUAAGUUUUCCAGGAGUUGAUACUGCAUCUGGUAUUGUGCCAAACUUUUUUGCGGUGAAAGGAAAAAAUAUUGAUGAAGAAAAAUUGCUAAGGAAAUUGACGAAGAUCCUCAAUCGACGACAAUUGUAUUCAAGUAUGCAGAGUGUCCCGAAAAAGAAUGGAGGAAAGGAUUCCAGUGUUUGGUUUGUUUCCCAGGAGUUGAAACUUCAUGUUGUGCUAUCGUACCAAACCAUUUUGCAGUGAAGGGACAAAAUAUUGAUCAAGAACAACUAUUGAAGAAAUUGAACAAGAUCCUUAAGAAUGUCGAAAUCAUUGAUCAUUCGGCAUACCCUGCUGAUCAUUUUUUUCUGUCUUCCGAAGUCAUGAAUAAAAAUACCGACUUUGUUGUAACUCUUUAGACAUAUAUAUGGUUUUUUUCGUAUUAUUCUAUUAUAAAAGUUUGGACUUUUGUGUAAGUCUUUUGACAUAUAGUAUAUGGUGAAAUUAAAUUAUAUUAUCCAUUCUUAA